CCGCAAGCAGAGCUCUCUGUGUGCUGAACCAGAGAAAAGCUUGUGGGGAGGAAGGACGACGCUUCGUCAGGGCUGACAGGGCAGGGAGCACAUUACGCUCUCUCAGCUCGGAAUGCACCACAGAAGCGUUCCAAGGCGGAGAAGCGCCGAUAGGUUGCGGGGCUGCCGCAAUGGCUGCAUUUGAAACGGCUUAGAUUGCUCCUUAGGUUUGCUUAGGUUAGUGUUCUUGCAGCAGCAUCUGCAGGGAGCCUUGUAGCACCUGCAUGUUUUCUCUCAUUGAUCAUUCUGGUAUAAAACCUCACCUGAAUUGUGCAAAAGGCAAUCAGUAUGGCGUGCCAGGUUCAGAACCAAUACCAGCCCUACGAGCAGAGCGGUCCCUUAAUUCUUGCGCACCACGAACUUGUCCUCAAGAAGCUCUCCGCCCUCUCAAUGUACAUGGAGGCGCAGGGUAAAGGUGCGUCCGACGGUGUGUCUGGUCCUUCCGAUGGCCCCAACUUGCCUGACUCUGAAGCGGCCCGGGAUUGGUACGGGGAGGGCAACUCCCAUUCUAUUUCUGGCCAGUCCCAACCCCAAAGGAGUGCCGCCCGUCCCAUCCCCCCCCCAUCCUUCCAAUUCUCCGCGCAGUCUGCCGCCCCCCCCCUCUCUACUAGCGCGCCCUCCGUUAACCCCUUCAGUCACAGCUCCCCUUCUGCAAACCCCGCGCUUCCUCGAGUUGCCAGCUUCUCGAAUGGAUGGCACGAGAAUGUGAAACCGGAUAGGGGUAGGGAGAGCCUCGCCGCAUCCGCCGCUCGCUUUUACGAGCAGAAACGGCGGGCUUCCAUCGCCUCUCACAAGGCCCUCUCCCUGAACUCCCACAGCUUGCGGUCCCCGCCCGAGCAUGGCAAUUGCCCUCCCAGCCCCCUCGGUCGGUCGCACGUCCAUUUCUAUCCUCGGGAAUGCUCGCAAGACUCGCUGGAAAAGCUGGGCAGCAGCGGGUUUUCCGCACGGAGGUCUUCCCCGGGGGCCAGCUCAGGGGAUGGAGGCUUCUUCUUCGCGCCCGGGGACAAGCACCGGGUGCUCAGCCACUUUUCGCCCAGCCCGACGUCAUCCCUCAGCUCAAUCCUCUCGGCAGGGGGUUCCGGGGACUCCAAUCCCGUGAGUCCAAACCGCACGGAUUCAGAUGGGAGUGGAAACUCUUGUUCAAUGGACGGCGCGACCAAACCCCUAGCGAGAAAUUGGGACAUGGAGGCGGAGUCGGCGCUCGCCAAGGGGGGGGAGAGGAGCUGUGGAGCUGAGGAGGAUAAGCUCGCGCCUCUAGUUGGCCGAGGGCUCAGACGAGGCCUCUCCCAACACUAUGGAGGCAAGUCACGCUCCUUCCACAGCCUGGCCGACGUCGUCACGAGCCCCAUCCAGCACCUCGCGAAGCCCGAGAACUCGUACGCCAAGCGCCGGAAGAACAACAACGGCAGCCACAGCAACCUUCUCGGACGCGCCUCGGGGGGCGUCGGUGGGAAUUACCCCCAAAAAGCGAUGCUCGCCGACAACCUCGGGUUUAGGGACAGCGAGAUGAACGACGUCGAGGGGGAGGCGUUUGAAUGGGCAGCGGAGGGGGCCGACGUGGCGACGGCGCUCCGGCCAAUGGCGCAGUUCCAGCCGCUGCGGUCGCAGUCGAUGGCGGACCUGCGCGCGAUCGGACGCCGGCGCUCGCACCCGGAGUAUUAGGGUCUCAAAAGGGGUUAGGUGUUCAAGUCUGUUCGUCAAAAGAAGUGCUGUAAUUACAGGGCGUCGAAACAGGUCGUGUAACCUAUUGUGAAUUUGAGGUCUAGGUGGGUGUGCUGCAGAAAUGCAUCAUUGAGGAUGACAUUUGCAAAGCUGCGACUCGCAGCGCUUGUCGGUCAAAGUGACCGAGUGCUCUCAGAGCCAGUGUGAGAAGGCUUUGGGGCCUCAGUUUAGGAACCCAUUUUUUCAGCGCCAACGCUGCAGGUGAUCAAUUAAAGUGCUUGAUGGUCAUUAAGCUAGGGACCUCGUUUGAGCUUGAAGCAAGCUGUUGUACAAUGAACUUAGUCCAGUUUCGAGUCAGGGUCAGGGGCUCGCAAGGGCAUUGGCUUGUUGAUAUACCUAGAGCCAAACAACUGAACUAGCUCUUGGUGUAAGACAGACGGUUUGGCAUGGAGUCAAAAAUGCGAGUUAUGCACGACUUUGCAGGCACAGUUUGCUGCACUUUGAAGUCAUGGUUGCCAUGCAACAAUGUGGCAG